UUUAUAUAUUUUUUAAAUAAUACUAUUACAUUUUAUAAAUCAAAAAUGUUACCGGUCAAUUAUAUUACUAAAAUAGUAACUCAUUUUUUAUAUCAAACCUACUACGUAAAUCUACAAUUUCUAUCGUAUAGUUUUUACUGCAAAUUAUAUCAAAUCAUAAUUUUAUUGUAAAUCAACUCUAAUACUAGAUGUGUCACGGAUCGGAGACAUAAUCUAUAAGCGUGAAAAAAGGUAAUUCUAUAUAACAAGAAAAAGGAAAAGAAACAGUAAAAAGGAAAAUAUUAGACUUUGGUAUCAGUAAAAAUGGAAAUUGAUGUGAUCUCAUUCUUAAUCCAUCUAUUAUAAAUACAAACUCAACCCUAAAACCGAUCAUCAACCAUUCAUCUUAUUUCUUUUACAUAACGCGUAGAAAAAUUCGGUCAAAUUCCUGUUCAAUAGUUUUCUUUGAGUAAACUAGUCAUGAGAGCCAGUUUCUACCACGAAGUCUUUGAUGAUUCUCAACCGGAAGAUGCUGGCACGAUCACAGUCACUGCCACAAUCCUUGGCGACGAUGAUGACUUUGACACGUCAUUCACGACUAGCUCGCUUCCCAUACAAGACUUCUUCGGUUUUGAUGAUCAGAACGAAAACUACGAGUGUCAAAUCAUACGAGAAUUGAUGUGUUUCCUGCAGGAAGCAGAUAUCGACGCGGACACUAUUAGAGAUGUGUUUAUGAAUCUAGUUGCCUACGUUCUUAUUGUAACUUGUUUCAGUAGUAGUGGGUACUCUCCUGGAUGUGAUUUAUCGGUUGAGUUGGAUCUCUCUCCUUAUUAUCUCCAUGAUGAUGAUGAUGACUCCCAGUCACAGAUUGAAGAAGCCGCUCAAGUCUCGUUCCAUGAGAUCACUAAUAACACCCGGUUUAGACCCGCUAGCAAGCUCGUGGUCAAAUCCCUAAUCAGGAAAAUUUACAAGAAGAAGAAGAAUAGCUUGGAAGAGUGCACGAUUUGUUUGGAAGAGUUUAAGAAUGGAGGAACAGUUGUGCCUUUAGCUUGUGGACAUGAGUUCGACGAUGAGUGUAUCGUGAAGUGGCUUGAGACCAGUCAUGUUUGUCCAUUGUGUCGUUACGAGUUUCCAUGUGAAGAUCAAAUGAACUAAGUGCUCGAUGGAUUAAACAAUUAGUAUGAGAUUGUAGAUUUGACUUAUGAGAGAGUUACUUGUUGUGAUGAAGCUCUGUUUAGUAUUUUUUUUAAUCGAUCCAUUUGUUUUGCUACUUUAGAGUAUGUUCUUUUGUACAAUAGUU